CAAAAUAUUUCGUUUAGGUUAGUAUCAUUUACUAGUAAGGUCUGUGUUAAAAUGACUUUCAUUUCUUCUAGGAUCACUGUUACGCUUUACAAGAAGCUGUCGUGACGUCAGCCGCGAGGAUAUGAUAUUCCUGGAAAGAAGAAGAAUAGUUUCUUCGUUCUUAGGAAGCUUUAAACUUGCCGUAACGCUGAUUAAAGAGAUGUCAACGAUUGCCAAGGCUCAGAGGAACGUAAAAGGUGGACGAAAUACGGGUGAAUUGGCGUAUUGACCUAUUUCUAAUGUGGUGAUCAAUACAGAUUUUCCCUACACUUGUUUAUACCAGCACUAGAUCAAUUAAAGAACAAAAGAUGGGAGUGAGGUUUCAUAAUGGCUGUUUUUUCACCCACUUUGAGAGAUACGGCAACAUUCCAAAAGCAACAGCUGCAGCACUACCUAGCAUCGGCAGUGCUUGCUAAUAAUUUCUCUCAACCUGCGGAAUUUUUUCGAAGACUGAUGAAGUUUGUUGAAAAGUUUGGACUGUUAUUGUGUUUUCUCUCAUUUGUAAGUGUUGUAAUGUGUUUUAUGUUUCCCAGUUUUCAGAAAAUAACGUUAAGCACUUCGUCUAUGUUGUUGCUUUUGUUAAGUUCUAAUGUUUUUGUGUCCACCAUCCGAAACAUUUUAGUGUAUUCAAUCGCUAAUUACAUUUGGCUUUUUUCUUUCUUUAUUAUUUAGACUAGUUAAAAUUGCAGGAAACUAUGGCAUCUCAAAAUUUUUUAAAAUAAUAUAUUAGUCAGUCUUUUCCUAAAACGUUUGCUAUUGCAUUCGAUGCAUCAAAACGUUGACAGAAGUAUACAUUUUAUCACAUCUCACAGACAUUGAUUUAAAACGUCCUUAGGUGUCGCAUGCAAGAAUACUGUUAGUGCAAAUAAUUCUUCCACCAUAUUUUGUAUUACCUCGAGUCCAAAUUCUUCGUUGCCAGGACAAGCCAACUUAAACACGCAUAAUAUUAUUGGCAAAAUCGUGAGGUGGGGGUAAAUGGGCCUGGAACAGCCGGGGAACUUUCAUAAUAAAGGGUUAAAUGGGAGUGUGAUACAUUCAAGCAGCACUGUAUGAUAAUAUUAUAAUAGUUUAACGGCAAAGCAAAUACAUCUAAUGAAUGGCAAGGACACGACACAUAUUAUUUCUUUUAGGUGAAGUGAAACAUGUUCUACAUUCGUGAAAAGGUCACGAUUGAUACGAUUACUGCAUCUCAGGCUCACUUGGAUUCUGUGUCUGUCUUUGAUAUAAAGCAAUACUAUGUGUACCAGGAUAAGAAAAGUGAAAGUGCAGAUGCAUUUUUUAAUGGAUGAGAAUUCAAAAUAAUAAAUAUGAUCCCCGUAAGCAAAUAUAUGAGCUUAUUUGCUCUCUUUUCAAUGCCACCCCUGUGGUAUGAACUACUCGCACCGACAUUCAUGGUGUAAUAGUAAUAGUUAAUUUCGUCACUGGCUCGUGCAGAGGACGAGUGCUCGAUUCUCUCUUGGUGAGUUAACUUAUUUAGGGUAUCAGUCUCUCUGCCAGUAUGCUGUUGUAUCCCACUCAGCUCGGGACGACUCUGACUGACAGGGUCAAUGCAGCUACCUUUGAGUUGUUCUCAAUUAUGCCGAUGAGGGCGCAAAACAUUUUCCAGGAUUGAUUUAGGAAAAAUCUAAAUAUACACGACUAAUAAACAGAAAAAUAGUAAAGGAUACUUCAAAUGGUGAGUGAUGUCACAAUGUGUGUCACAUACUUCAACAUAAUAGUUUCUGUCAUUACUGGCUACGGUUACCUCGAACACGAUAUUUCUUUUUCGCCUAUGACUUUUUUUAACGUUUCAUUUGGAUUUUUUUUUGUAUUCGCAAAAAGGCUACAGAGAUUCUAACAAGGAACAAUAACAUUCAAAGUGGACCACACGUUAUUUGAAAAGGCAAACAUCAUGAGACAGUUCCAGAUAUCAAGAAAACAGCCCCGACAGCAGAACAUGGAGAAUUCUGCUUCAGAGGAACCAGCAAACGAUAUCCGAGCUUCGCUGUCUCCAGUAAUCCUGUGUUUGAAAAUAUUCGGCUUGUAUCAUGAGGCUAGUGACCAAAGGAACUUUGUGGAACCCUCAACCACGGAGAUAACCAGCAUUCAUAAUUUCGUCUCUUCAACGACGAACCUCCGUCCAGAGACAUCAAGAUCAAACAAACUUUCGCGAAGGAUUCCAAGAUGUCGGAUAAAUUUUUCCUACGGUCGGAUUCAGUGCGCAGUGGUGUUUCUUCUUCUUUUUUCUAAUAUGGUGCGUUUCUGCGAGCAGUCUGUUUACGCUAACAAGUUCGAGCUGCCUUUUAGAUUACUCACUAUUAUGUGGUAUGCUCAAACUACCAGUGCAAGCGCGUGUCUUCUCUGGAGCUGCUGGAAAAGGUCACACUUAUCGACAUUCUACAAGCAAUGGCAGGAGCUGAUGUCAGACCCUGUGUUGACCAGCCUAGGUAUGAAGACCCCACGGUGCAGGAGGGCAGUACUGACCAUCACAGUCAUAGCCAUCUUCUUCUUCUUCGUCAACAAUGCCUAUUUAUUCAUCGCCCUUUUCGCGGAUAUUGGUCUAAAGGAAAGUAUGCAGAGAGUGGUGUGCGACCCCUUCCCAGUCAACGCUUGGAGUCUAACCACGGCCCUUUCGGUACAGGUGCUCAGUUCAGCUGCCUGGACGCUGCCUCUCUCAUUUGCGGUUGGCCUGACUCAUAUUAUGACGGUUUACUUCAAGAAAAUGACUGACGUCAUCCAAACUCAUAUCCAAGACUCCACCACCGGACUCCCCCCAGCCCUCAGAGAUCUCCGACACUACCACCUACGCCUGUGCCAACUGCUGAGCAUUCUGGACCGUUACCUGCGCGUGUACCUGGGCAGCCUGUAUCUGUGCACAGUGGUCAACGUGAGUUUCCUCAUGUACCACAUGGUGUUUAACCAGCUGGACACCGUCAGUGUCUUCGUGAGCCUGUUCUGGUUGGUGUCACUCUUCACGGGCGUCUCCGUCAUCUCCAUCUCUGCCUCACGCUUGCACGAUGCGGUAGUGGUCAACGUGAGUUUCCUCAUGUACCACAUGGUGUUUAACCGGUUGGACACCGUCAGUGUCUUCGUGGGUCUGUUCUGGCUUGUGUCACUCUUCACUGGCAUCUCCGUCAUCUCCAUCUCUGCCUCACGCUUGCACGAUGCGAAAAACGACAGCCACAAUCACCACUGUCACUACCACCACCAUCACCACCACCACCACAACCACAAUUACACCAACAAGUUAUAA